AUUCCAUCCCCAACUAGAGAGAGUGAAAGAGAGAGAGAGAGAGAGAUGGGUCAGAUGGGGUUUGUAUCAGUGGCUGUUCGGGCGGGCUGCGUGGGUGUUAUGUUAAUGGCCUUUGCCAUUCAUUCUUCUGCACGAAACACUAUUUUCCUCUCAUCAGCAGGGAAAGAGAUGGUAGGGUUGGGUGGUGGCCAUGGAGGAGGGCAGGAGGGCAUCGUAAGGUCUCUUCUGGAGGAGGCGGAGGUGCACAUCAACGAUUACGGCAACGCCGGCGCCAACCACGGCCACGAUCCUUGGAACAGGUUCGGCGGUGGCCGCCCGAAGGCGUUGUCCUCUCAGAACGACUCUACUCCAUAACAUGCACUCGAUCUCAACUAUCGUCAUGUUUUUCGAGCCUUUACUUAAUUAGUGUGUGUACGUGCAAGCAUGCAAUGCAACAUGUACAAUAUAUAUAUAUAUAUAUAUAUAUAUAUAUAUAAAUGCUCUUGUUAUGUAUUAGUAUUUAUAAUUUGCUUGUAGGUACAUGGACAAUGGUAUAUGCCAGCUAGUUAUUUUUAGGUUGGCAUUGUUAUCAUAAGAGCUAGGCAUCAUUAUGUAUAAGUGAGAUAUAUGAUGGUGUACUAAGAUGAUUUGAGACCCUCGAUUAAUUAUUCAGAAUAAAAGAUGUUAAUUUUCUAA